CUUUUAAUGCAUUAUGUCUCACGUGUGGGGAAAUAAAUUGGGGGCUCAACGGCUUCGCAGGUGUGGGAAUUCCCUCUCGGUACGUUUUGCAAAUUUAUACGAGUUUUUCCCAAGAUAAAAUAAUUUGGUUGACAUAUCCUUUUUAGAUAACAACUCGGUGUCUGCCCAAGAAGGGCAUUCUGUAAGUAUAAAAUGGAAAUUAUGCUGCCCCUGACCCAUAUUAACCUCAUAAUUCAGCCACUUUAAACUCUGAAGCACUUCAAUUACACAGCAUUGUUUUCUGGAAAACGACGAUGCAGCUUUUGAGCAAGAUAGGAAAAUCAGGCACGCCAAAAUCCCCCACCCCAUAAACGAUCGUUUUACACUUAUCAACCUGCGUCCAGGUGAGACCAACUCUGGUCAACGCUUUCGCAUUGCGUGUUUUCUUUAUUUGUGGAAAGGUGACACUGCGGUUCGUCUCCCGCCCACACAGAGUCCGAACACCGGCUUUCAGCAGCUUUCCUGCCGCAUCUGCAGAGGACGAGAACCCGCGCUCGUCCAGCCAGGCGGACCGGGAGCCCUGCGCUCUUUUUGCGGCUCCUGCUGCUCCAUGCUCCGGCUAACAGCCCCUCACCCAACCGGCCUGCGGUGCGCUGCCUCGGAAGCCUCGACCCUAAUCAACCACAUGGAGAAAGUGUGAUGAGCGUCGUCCUUCCCCGGUGGACUGUGAGGGCAUGAGACGGCGCGGUGGCCGUGAUUUCACUACCGCCGACUCCAACCGGGAACUGGCUGCUCCGCCUCCUUCACCUCCUGUGACCUGGUUGCCCCCUGGCGGCCUCGGCAAGGGUGUUCGUUUGCGUCUGCGUCUAGAUCGCCAUGACCACCGGGGGCGGGGCUGCUGGCACCUAGUCGACCUGGAGGCAGAGUCAGAGCCGCUCGGGAAGAGACUGAGAAGCCCAGACCCGGAGGCCUGCAUACAAAGUCGGAUGAGUACCCUGUCUGCCGGCUUGGAGAUGCAAACUUCAACCCUGGAAGCUCAGUUCAUCGUGGCACCCCAGGCUAAAGUAACUGGCCGGAAGAGAGGACGGCCUCCUAUCCGGAAGCUGGACUUCCAGAGCCACUAUGUGGAUUCUUUAUCGCCCUUGAAGGUUCCAAAGAAGAGAGGAAGGAAACCCGGCUUUAAGCUGAAGCCCAGGACGGCGAUGCCCUCACUCGCCAACUCUCCUCCCAACAGCACGCCAGAACCUGAGAUGGGGUCCAUCCCACAAGACGCUGCUAUCGUCCCCCACUCUGCCACACCACAGGUCCUAACAGCAGACACACCCCUGCCUGAUGAUUUCAUCUGUGACCCGCCUGCAGACAAGCGCUACACCAUAGAUCUGAGUGACUCUGCGUUCAACAUCAUGGCAUCGCAGUACCAAACCAAGCCUUCUUAUAUUUACCGCAGCAACAGCUGCUCCACUCCAAUAGGUUUAUGCAGACAGCUUUCCAGUCCGGCGACUUUUCAGGAUGGAAAUAGAACCGCCCUCACUCCUUUGCCAGACGCUGGAGAGGGCAAGCGUCUUGCUGGGAAGGACCCGUCCAACUGGGGUGUAGAGGACGUAGUGUGGUUCAUCAAAGAAGCUGACCCUCAAGCCCUGGCACCCCAUGCCGAGGCUUUCAGGAAACAUGAAAUAGACGGAGACGCACUCUUGCUGCUGAAAAGCGAGAUGAUGAUGAAGUACCUGGGACUGAAACUGGGACCUGCGCUCAAACUCUGUUACCACAUCGACAGGCUCAGACAGAAUCGCUAGUAAUUUCCUGUAAGAGAACUGAAGGCUGAAAAAAAAAAAAAACAAACAAACAAAGAAAAAAACCACCUCAAUGUCCUGAAUAUGAGGUGAAAUUGAAACCUUGGUGCUUUCACUGCAUCUGAACCACUUUUUGUUGACUGAACAUUUUAUAUGUACUUACUGGGACUAUUUGCAACUUUGUUUACUUACCAGCAAUACUUGAGUGGCUUUGAAUUGCAAAUAGUUUUGCUACAUACAAAUGUCAGCUAACAUGAACCAUAAGCAGCAUUAAUUUAAGCAAACCAUAAUCAUAGUCAUAGAGUGCUCCACUAAAGGUCUACAAAGAAAAAACUUAUCACGGUGUUUUACCUCAUUAUCGUUUUUAAACUCAGCAGUAUUGCUCAGUUCUUCAGCUGCUUGUUUUACAUUUUCUUUCGAAAUUUUUUUCCCCAGGUUGGAAUUGUACAAAUAUAUUUUUAAAUUUUUGAUUUUGAAAUUGUCUGGCAGGGAACAGCUGCUGGUGUAUUAUCCAGGUUUUCCUGUUGUCUGACAAGUUCGCUAGCAAAUGAUGGUAGACAAAGAAAAUGAUCUGUGAACAUUUUAUCUCCACAAACUGCUGUAUAGCACAAUGGAUCAGUGGUACUGUAUUUCUCAAAUAAGAACUCCCUUUAAAAAUUGAAAGAAAAAAAAAUAAGCUCAUGUAACUUGGUGCUGCCACUACAUCUACACUCAACAUAACUAAAUCAUAUCUUGUAUUAAUGUCUAAUUCUAACUUAAUAGCUUGCCAUUCUUGUUGCACAGUACCUUAUUUCAUGCCAUUCUGAGCAUAAAUGCCUCCGCUGAAGGAGUAAUUGGUCGUAAAAUUUAAAAAGAGGCUAAGUAGCAUUGAGAGUUUUCUCAUGUGAUGCUGUAUGACAAACUUCUGGUUAAACUUAAUCUUAUGCUGUGCAAGACAAACUUGUGACCUAUGUGUUAAACUUAAAGUUAACUUUUUAUUAAAUAUGUUUUUUUUCUCUCUCUUUUUUUUUUUUACCUUGCUAUAUGGUUCUGGUUAUUUGUAUUUAGAUAAGGUACAUGAUGGGUAAUUAUGACUUCUCAAUGUUUUUAUUGUCCACUUUCCCAACAAACCCUAUCAAGCUUACUACAUAGAUCUGUUGUAAAACAAAGAGGUCCUGCAUUCUGGGGUGGUGGCUAUUUUAUAACCUAAUCCUCCUACCUUAGCUUUAUUUCUGACCUAUCUGGUGUGUUGCUUGGUCUUCAUAAUGCUUGUUCACUAUUGUUCUUCACCAAAACUCUGUUCUUAUUAGAACAUCUGUAUUUAUACUGAGAACUAAGUGCACACAGGUGAACUUCAUUAACUAAGUAGGUGAGGUCAUGAAAGGAAUUGGGUUCACCAGAUUGUCUUUAAGGGCAUAACAGUAAAGAGAGGCUGUAUUAAAAAAGGCUAUGACAUACAUUUUUAUUUGUAAAAAAAACAAAACAAAAAAAAAACAAAGAAGUGAAAACAACUCUUUCCCUUUCACUUUGUUUCUGAUCAUUACAUAAAAUAGCAAUAAAAUUCAUUGACGUUAGUUGUAAUGUGACAAAAUUCCUAAGUGCUCAGACUCAAUUUAAAUUUUAUAAAAUGGCAGCUUAACUAAUAACUUCCAAAUACUAAUAUAAAAGUAUUUUUUUUUACCCCCAAUUUUGUCAGUAACUUUUGAGUAAAGCCAAAAAUAAUCGCUGGAAAAUAACUUUUAUUUUGAAAAGAAGCUUACGUUGUGUUGCGUAGAAAGCCGUUGUUUCCGGUAUCCUGCACGCACAGUUAGCUGCCAGAGGUGAACAUGGGAGACGUGUCGGAGAGGACCUUGCAGUGUGCCGUGGUGUUUUCUUUUGCCGUGGGCUUCUUGACGGGCUGGCAGGCCAACAGAAUGAGGAGGAGGUUCCUGGACUGGAGGAAGAAGCGGCUACAGGAUAAACUGUCGGAGACGCAGAAGAAGCUGGACUUGGCUUAAAUGGUCGGCUGUGUGCUCCGUGAAGCCGGUUCAUCCCGGUUGUCCUUCAUUUUUGGUCUUACCACACCCUGCACAACAAGUUUAAUCAUGAUGCCUGCCAAGCUCUCUUGAAGACUUCUAUCAAAAGAAACAUAUCAUGUGGACAUGUAAUAUAUAGAAGUUUGUCAUUUGUCUUUAUAGCAGUGAGACUUUUUCAUAUACAAUGCUAAUAAAUUAUUAUAUUUUUCUUC